AUGCAGCUGAUCCAGCACGCAUCCGAUUCAGCCGCCGAGCCAGAAGACCCCGUUGAGACCCAGGACAACCAACAAUCCUUCCCCCUUCGCGACCUAGCGCCUAACAGUUGUCGCCCCACGCGCGCCGAGCUCAACCCAUCUACUGCUCUUCGCGCCAACGCGGCAUCCACAUCUAUCCGAGAGCCCCUCUUCGACACCACUGCCGAUGGGCACAGUGCCCUCGCCUCAUUACCCCAGCAGCAGCCCUCCCUGUCGCCAUCCUUUGACACUCGGCAGGCUCUCUGUGCCCCCUCAGCCGGCAGGCAGCCCAGCUCUUCUUCAUCCUCCUUCAUCGCCUCACAUGUCAACGCUGCUGCGUCCCGGCAGGAGAAGAACGACGUUCUGGCCCAAACGGACGCUGACAACCGAUCCACGACGGGUCUCGACGACGAAGCUACAGCCAACCCGAUGAGGAAAGCUACCCCUGCUCUCCGCGACUCGGAUGAGUUUCGGAGCGCGCCAUCGUAUGGUGCUGUGUCCCUCGACAACGUGAAGCCUCCCAGAGCAAAUGGGCACUUCUCGACGGCAACAACAAUAGACGUAGAUGAGCUUGGGCGGGUAGACUCACAGACCUCGAGCCGGCGCCGCAAGUCUGAGGAUGCCAAGGUCAAGAGCAGGCGCUCGGGAGAAGAGCUGGGGGCAUCAUCUGUUCUUGGCGGCCUAGAGGGUCGCUUUGGCGUCACGGAGGGCGGUGCCCUCGACGAUCCCAAACAUGGCGACGACAGCAGCAGCUAUAGUGGUAUCUCUCCCGAAGGACCAGAAGCCAUUGAGGAUGAGAACAACCCUCCAGACAACUCGCCAUAUCCGCAAGUCAGAGCCUCGGUUUCUCCUGUCGACAAUACUACACUAUCCAUCAACACGCCUCGCAUGUGGGCAUUAUCUGUUCUUUUCUCGAUUCUCGGAUCAUCCACAAACCUGUUCUUUUCUUUGAGAUACCCCAGCGUGUCGAUCACGCCCGUUAUAGCGCUACUUCUUGUUCACCCCCUUGGGUUAGCCUGGGAUUUCCUACUCAAGCGCAAAGGUGACCCGGAUGAGGAGUUUGUCGAAGGUGUGCAAGUUGCUGUCCAAUGGGAUGAGGCUCGUAACAGGAGCAAAAUCCAGCGCCUGCGACUAUGGCUAGCACAAGGUCGUUGGAACGAAAAAGAGCACAGCUGUGUCUAUGUUAGCAGCAAUGUCUCUUUCGGUUUCGCCUUUGCAACCGAUGUCAUUGUGGAGCAGACGCAGUUCUACAAGCAGGACGCUAGCAUCACCUACCAGCUUCUCCUUACACUUUCCACGCAAAUCCUCGGCUACACAUUCGCCGGCUUGACCAGGCGUUUUCUGGUACGCCCGAGCGGCAUGAUUUGGCCGUCUACGUUGAUGUCAGCUGCCAUGUUCACGACACUGCACAAGGAGGAGAAUAAGCCAGCAAACGGCUGGAAAAUCAGCCGAUGGAACUUCUUCUAUGUUGUGUUUAUUUGUGCCUUCCUUUUCUACUUCCUGCCGGGCUUGUUGUUUCCCGCCCUGAGCUACUUCAACGUUAUCACAUGGUUUGCGCCUAAGAAUGUCGUCGUGGCGAACCUCUUCGGCGUCGUGUCUGGUCUAGGUCUCUUCCCCCUCACUUUUGACUGGGCCCAAGUUGCAUAUAUCGGCUCGCCUCUGCUCACUCCAUUCUGGGCCGCCAUGAACGUUGUCGGUGGCCUGGUCAUUGUCAUGUGGAUCUUGGCGCCGUUAGCUUACUACAGCAACUGGAUGUACUCAUCGUACAUGCCUAUCCUUUCUGCUUCAGUCUAUGACAACACUGGCAAAAUUUACGACGUCAGCAAGAUCCUGACCAAGGAUUUCGUCUUCGAUUCCGAGGCAUACAAGAAUUACAGUCGGGUAUUUCUGCCAAUUACCUAUGUGCUUAGCUAUGGAGUACAGUUUGCAGGGCUAGCUGCCUUGUUGACGCACACGGCAUGCUGGCACGGCCGUGACAUCUGGACGCAAUGGACCAAGUCUUUGCAAGAGGCACGCGAGGAAGGCAAGGUCGCAGCCUACCAGCCAGUUGCGACCUUGAGCGAUGAUGAUGGACAAAUGAAUGCGAACGGUGCGCAGGCCAGGCGCGAGGCUUCGACAAGUUCUGCAUUCUUUGAGGACAUUAUGAGUCGCGAGGAUGUCCACAACAGGCUUAUGAAGCGGUACAAGGAUGCACCAAUGCAUUGGUACUUGAUGACAUUUGUUUCGAUGACGGCUAUCGGCAUAUUUGUUGUCGAGUACUACCCGAUUCAUCUGCCCUGGUAUGGUCUCCUGCUGGCCUUAGGAAUCUGCAGCAUUCUAUUCAUCCCCAUUGGGAUUGUCAUGGCGGUUACCAACCAACAUACCAGCAUCUAUCUGAUCUGCCAGCUCGUCUGUGGAGCCGUAUUUCCAGGCCGGCCAGUGGCAAACAUGGUGUUCGUCACCUAUGGUUACAUUUCAUCCUCACAAGGCAUCAAAUUUGCGGCGGAUCUGAAGCUCGGUCACUACAUGAAGAUCCCGCCUCGGAUCCUCUUCAUGGUGCAGAUGGUGGCAACGGUCGUGUCAUCCCUGACGCAGAUAGCCGUCCUCAACUGGAUGUUCCGCAACAUCCCAGGUAUCUGUACGCCCGAGGCCAUCAACGGGUUCACGUGUCCAAUCGCCCGGGUGCACUUCAAUGGCUCCAUCUUGUGGGGCGUGGUAGGACCGUCCGAAUUCUUUGGUCGUGGUGCGACGUACAGACCACUGGUCUGGUGCUUCCUCGUCGGAGCGAUAGCACCCAUACCGCUGUGGUACAUCAGCAAGGGCAAGAAGGAUAGCAUUAUCCGCAAGAUCAACUUGCCGGUCCUUUUUGGCUCAUUGAGUUGGAUUCCGCCCGCGACAGGCCUGAACUUUUCCGUGUGGGCACUCGUGUGCUACUUGUUCAACUCUCUGCUCAAGAAUCGCGCCACGGCUUGGUGGGCCAAGUAUAGCAUGACGCUCAGCGCGGCGCUCGACUCGGCGCUCGCGUCAGGAAUCGUCGUCGUUUUCUUCACCUUCAUAUACUCUGGGGUUAUGGACGGGUUCAGCUGGUGGGGUACAGAGGUGUACAAGCAGGGAUGCGAUUGGCAAGCCUGUGCAUACAACACCGUGCCUGAAGGUGGCCGCUUCGGGCCCGAUACUUGGUGA